CUCUACUUUAACAGCCAUCAUGAAAGCCACCCGGUGUUUCCCCACGAGGCCCUUCCAGUGCGCUCUCCGCGCAGACACCUCGAAAGGCUCGCCACUGCGACGCAGCUCAAUUGCUUCAAACCAGCAUCUCCGACCCCCCGCUCGGUCCACCAAAAUACCUCCGCAACACGUCCGCACUCUACACACAUCUCGAGCAAUGCUCUCACGCCCAAAGUCGACCGAUCGUGGCCCCGCCAGCACCGAAGACACUCAAACCGACUUUGGCAAUCUCGACGUGCUUGGGAACACGCCGGCCCCGUCUACUAGCAUAGACGCUUGCACCAACGAUGGAUUUCAUCUAAACAACGGGCUCAAGAUGCAUGGCUGCGGCGCGCUCCUCAUAGGAGGGGAGGCGUUUCGGUGGCAGCCAUGGGCGCAGCAGAACGGAAAGCUGAAGAACGUAAAGGGCCAGUGGGAGGUGGGGAAGGAGGCCUGGGGAGCGUUAGAUCUCGUGUGGCCGAAGCCUGGUACGAACAGCUUGAGGCGGAGAUAAUAUUUGCUUAUAAUUGGCACGGGCCCCCAAGUAAUACCAGUAUCACCUGCAACCAGGAAACAGAUCAAUGACUUGGGCAUACGGCUUGAGGUCCAGGAUACUAGGAAUGCCGCCUCACAAUUCAACCUGCUC